UGUGCUGCGGGAAAAGUGAGCGAUCGCCGAUAGGCAAACAGAGAGGGGAUAAAUUCGUACACCAGAGUACACGAGAUACAGAAUGGCACAGUAUAACCGGGUGCGUGGCGCGAAACAGGUAGUGGUGUAUUUUGUUGAAAUAAGAGAUCAUUUUAAUUGACCAGUUUUAUCUAGAAUUUAUCAAAUACGACCGCAAAAUCGUAUUUAACGAAACAAUUAAUAUUUUCAAUCAGUUUUCCAUCUGAUCACGAUUGAAGUGUCGGUCUUGUGAUAUUUGCUAUAAAAAAACAAUUCAGUAUUCCGAUACUGCACACAACUUGAUAUCAAUCAUUUUUAAUUUUUAUUUCGAUUUUUUUUUUUAAUCCUUGGAGUAAAGAAAUAAAACUUCCGUCGCUCUUUAUCGCGUGUAAUAAUUUUUAAUCAGGAAAUUUACGAUUUAAUAUCGAUAAUUCAUAGCAUGAUAAGUCAAAGAUUUUAUUUGUGAAUUUAUUUGCGUUUCUUAUGAAAAUAUAAUAGCGGAGAAAAUUGCUCGAUUAAAAGUUUACUGGGAAUGCACGCAUCCGUGUACGUACUUUGGACUACGUCCCCGUAAAAAUAAAAGGAUUAAACCAAAGGAAGGAUUACUAAAAAUUCGACUACAAGCGGAAAUCCGUAUUUGACGGUCUCAAGUUCAAGGAAAGAACUUGAGGACUCAUCUACAACAAAAGUUUAAAGUUAUGACAACAUUCAAUGAUGCAAUAGCGUCUGAUGACCUGAUAACGAGCACUAUCACGACUUAACCGGAUAUUGUUUGCCAAGGAAUUAUCAUUUCUAACGGGAAAUUAUCUGCUUCGAGUGAUUUGCGAACAACUUUGAUUCAUCGCAACGAUAACGAAUAAAGAAUGCUCAAACAUCGGCAGUGCAGUGGCAAAAAAUACAUACUGGUCAAGAUGAAGAUAUGUGUGUUUAUGGAUUCGAGAAGAGCAGAUUGAAAAGUAUCCUGACUUAUGUUUUUUACAUAUUAACCAUCGGAUGGGUCAGACUUUUCUUCCAUUGGUAUCCUCAAUUACACCUCUAUGCUACUCACAACAAAUGUUCUUUGAGUUGUGCCACAAAAUUGCUUAUAACUGAUAACUAUCAAGGAAAAUAUAAAUCAUACUUUGUGGAAGAUGUGAAGACUAUUUCAGCAAAGAAUAUCAGUAUACAGAAUUUAUUGAAAGAUUUAGGUAGCAAUGAUAAACAGCUCGUCGAGAAAAUCAGACAUAAAAAAUUGAUGAUUAAUUUAGAAAAUGGUACACAGUGUCAAAUUUAUGAGUAUAAAGCUUUUUGGUGCAAAAAACAAUGUUAUAUCUGGGACGUUACGCAAAAUACGUUCUCGAGAUUGGUAGGUUUAGACAAGUACACGCUAUGCUCGGAUCUUAAUCUUAAUAAGAAUCAUGGACUCUCUAAAGAAGAACAAUGUCUUAGACGGAUUGUAUACGGUAGCAAUGAAAUAAUUGUACCUGUACAAAGCAUAGGCGUACUGCUAUUGUUAGAAGUUUUAAAUCCAUUUUACAUUUUUCAAGUUUUCACUUUGUGUGUAUGGUUCGCAGAAGGCUACUUAUAUUAUACCGUAGCAAUCGUAUGUAUGUCAUUGUUUGGAAUUAUCAGUUCUAUAAUACAAACUCGUAAGAAUCAAAUUAAUCUACGCGGUACAGUUGCAUCCACGGAAACAGUUCGCGUGUACAGAAACUCUAAAGUAGCAGAGAAUAUACCGAGCAAUGAUUUAGUGCCAGGUGAUGUCAUAGAAUUACCCAAGCAUCAGGCUACUAUUGUUUGUGAUGCGGUACUUUUAACAGGACAAUGUAUUUUAAACGAAUCGAUGUUAACUGGGGAAUCUGUACCAGUAACGAAAACUCCACUGCCAUCGCAUCACGUUUUAUACGACUCUAAAGAAUGCUCUCAUCAUACGAUGUAUAGCGGCACUACUAUUAUUCAAACAAGAAGUUACAACGACCGGCCAGUUCUAGCUCGAGUUAUUCGAACAGGAUUUCGUACGAGUAAAGGAUCUUUAGUCGCGGCCAUUUUAUAUCCACCUCCUGCAGAUUUUAAAUUCGAUCAAGAUUCUUAUAAAUUUAUUGGGAUAUUAGCUGUUAUCGCGACAUGCGGUUUCAUUUACACUAUUGUGACUAAGGUCUCCAGGGGAAUUACAGCCGGAGAUAUAGCGAUAAAAGCCUUGGAUAUAAUAACAAUAGUAAUUCCACCGGCAUUACCAGCAGCAAUGACGGUGGGAAAGUUAUACGCUCAAGUACGAUUGAAACGGGCACAAAUAUAUUGCAUUAACAAUAGAGUUAUUAACGUAUCUGGUAGUAUAAAUUGCGUGUGUUUCGAUAAGACUGGUACUUUAACAGAAGAUGGUUUGGAUAUGUGGGGUAUUGUACCCUGCACAAAUGGUAUCCUAGGUGAAGCCGAAAGAACUGUUUCCAAAUUAAAUGAUCAUCCUCUUUUUGAGGGAAUGUUAGUUUGUCAUAGUUUAACACUAAUAGAUAGUGCACUCUGUGGCGAUCCUUUAGACGUUAAGAUGUUUGAAAGUACCGGAUGGAGAUUAGAAGAGUUCAAUAACAAACAUUCAGAUAAAUAUGAUCUCAUAGCAUCGACAAUCAUGAAACCACCGAAAAACAAUAAUUUCACACAAAAUAUGAAUAAAAUAUCGGAAAUUGGAAUAGUGCAACAAUAUCAGUUCUCAAGCUCUCUCCAACGAAUGUCUGUAAUAAUACGCGUAUUGGGUUCGGAUACGUUCAAAGCCUACACAAAAGGAUCACCUGAAAUGAUAUUUAGUUUAAGCAAACCUGAAACUAUACCGAAAGAUAUAAUGAUCUGUUUAAAACAUUACACGGAACAGGGUUAUCGAGUGAUAGCUAUGGGACGAACAAAAUUACGCGAAAACACUAAAAAGAUAACAAAAUUGCCUCGAGAUGCAGUUGAACAAAAUCUUGAAUUUCUAGGUUUAAUUAUUAUGGAAAAUAGGUUGAAAUCACCAACUAUACCGGUUAUCAAAGAGUUGAGAACCGCUAACAUACAUGUUCUGAUGAUUACAGGGGAUAACAUUCAGACUGCAGUAAGCGUUGCAAAAGAAUGUGGCAUUUUGUCGCCGCAAGAAUAUGUGAUAGACGUGACAGUAGUUAUGGAGGAAAAUAAAUUACAACCUGACAUUUAUUUCAAUGCUCAAGAAAUGUCUCCGAAAUUAAGCCUUACUAGAAAACUUAACAUACCAAAUCUGAAAGAUAUAGAACGAAAUAUAGACAAUACCAAUUAUCGGUUUGCGUUAACAGGUCAAUCAUGGCAAUUAUUGCGUGAGUACUAUCCUGAUAUUGUAGCAAAAAUUUGCGUCCGUGGCGCAAUAUUUGCCAGGAUGAGUAGCGAUCAGAAGCAACAAUUAGUGUUAGAGUUAAUGCAACUUGGUUAUUAUGUCGCGAUGUGUGGAGAUGGUGCUAAUGAUUGCGGUGCUCUGAGAGCUGCACAUGCGGGUAUAUCCUUAUCCGAAGCAGAAUCUAGUGUUGCGAGUCCUUUCACGUCCAAAGUACCGGAUAUAACAUGCGUACCGAAGGUGAUAAGGGAAGGUCGUGCUGCCUUAGUUACAUCAUUUGGAAUUUUUAAAUUUAUGGUUACCUAUUCUUUGACAGAAUUUUUGUCUGUUAUUAUUCUCUAUUCAAUCGAUUCAAACUUGACAGAUCUAGAAUUUCUGUUUAUUGAUAUCUGUCUUAUUGUUAAUUUCGCUUCGUUUUUUGGAAAAACUCAAGCAUAUGAAAAGCAGUUAGUAAAAAAACCUCCUAUGACUAGUUUGCUAAGUUUUACUUCGAUCUUCUCUUUAUCUGUACAUAUGUUAAUAAUGACAAUUUUUCAAACUGUUGCUUAUCAUGCGGUUCGCACUUUUCCUUGGUUUACACCAUUCGUAUAUAAUGAUGAAAAUUCAUACAUGUGUUAUGAAAAUUAUUCUGUUUACUGUGUUUCUAUGUUCCAAUACAUAACGAUGGCUAUCAUAUUUUCACGUGGAAAGCCAUAUCGAAAAGCUAUUUACACAAAUAUUUCAUUUAUAUUUUCCAUAAUAUUAUUAAUCAUUGUUUGCACUUACAUUACAAUUUAUCCUGCGAAUUGGAUAAUAAAUAUGCUUCAAUUACUUGUGCCUCCAGUGUACGAUUGGAGAAUUAUUAUUUUGAUACUCGCGUUUGCGAACUUCGUACUUUGUUUCUUCGUUGAAAUGUUUGUGAUAGAAUAUUUAAUUGAGAAAAAGUUCAAAUUGAAAUUUUAUAAACUUGAAAAGUCUAAGAAGAAAUAUUUGAGAAUAGAACAUGAAUUGAAGAACAACUUAAGUUGGCCAACGCUUAGUAAAGAAUUACCAACGUUACCAUUGUCACCAAGCGUAGAAAAUAUUAUUAACGUAACAAAUUCAAAGGAGAGAUCUUAUAACAAUAAGACCAAAAAUAAUUUGGAAAGCAAUAAAACAGUAGAAUUAAUUAAAAGCAAUAAUGGAUUGUUCGUAUUUGAUAACUAUUCAUUCGUUGAUGACGAGUCUCCGCGAAACAUGAAUAUGGUAACUAAAGUUUAA